UUCAAACUUGGUAUAGCAGAGCGGAAAAACAGAGUAUGGGAUUCAUUUCAAGCAGUAAGAAGCACAGCACUUCCAUGGGUUUGCUCUUGGUCUUCUUCCCUGAAGAUCACAAAAAGGGAACUAAUCCUAAUCCCAUUCUGGCUAACACCAGCAUCGCCGCCGGGAACUUCCCUUCUUCUUCUCCGGCCACGGCAAGAUUCAUAAGAAGGACCAAUUCCAGUGCUCUUUUUACUAAAGCUCAGUCCACAAUCUCAAUCUGCAUUCUGUUGGUUUUCCUCACUCUUCUUCUUUUCACUCUCUCCACUUUUGAACCCACCGUCUCCACCCCCACCAAGCCAACCGUUGCCGUCUUUGCCUCCCGGAAAUCCUUAUUCACCCGAAGUUCUCCUUCUUCUUCCUUUUGGGUGUCCAAAUUGUCGCCACAUGUCAAGAAAAAGAGCAGUUUGGUAUCUCCAUUUGCGUUGCAGGGGAUGGGUACUCUGUUUCAGCGGGGAACCAGAGCAAUGAACGAUCUCGUGGUGACCCAUGUUGCCGAAGACGUGACGGAGGGAGAGCUCCGGCUGUUUCUAAGAGCAUUGCAUCGGUCCGGCGUCACUGCAAAAUCCGACAUUGUAUUCAUCUUCGGUUCUUUGUUGUCGUCGAAAUUUGCCCCUGUUUUUCAAGAGGAGAAUGAGUCUUUCUUGAAGCUAAUUCAGCUGCACAAGAAGUCUAUAAAUUCGACUCGUAACUCAGUAUUGAGUUUUGAUGUAACUCAGUUUGUGAAAUCCAACAAGAAGGACAACGGGGGGCCGCUAUGGGGGAAGAAAACAAGAGCGAACUACAAUGGCUCCGAUGAAGGUGAGGCCAGGUCAACUCGGUUGAAUUAUGGUUCCGUUCUGGGGUUUGAAACUAACGAGUUAGACCCAGAGAACUCGCUUUCCGGGUUCUUAGAUCAUGUUCCAAUGAGUUUAAGAAGAUGGGCCUGUUACCCAAUGCUACUCGGCCGAGUCAGGCGUAAUUUCAAGCACAUAAUGUUAGUGGACGUGAAAAACACGCUAAUUCUUGGCGACCCACUCGGCCGAGUCAGGAACCGGAGUGCCGAGUCAGUUUAUUUACUGUUCAACAAGCAAGAGUCAAAUAAACAUAACAAGAAAAACUCGGACAGAACUCAGCCUCACCACCCAGUGAACUCAGCGAUUCUGAUGGGUGGUGCUCGCGGCAUCCGGAGACUGUCCAAUGCAAUGGUGACUGAAAUUGUUCGAGUUGCAAUGCAGCAGAAGAAGAAGAACCCAAUCUCUGAGUCAGGAAUAUUGAGUCAACUCGUCGGUAACCAGCACCUACUUAAAGAUGUCCACGUGAUUGCGGCCACCGAGUCAAUUCCAGAUGCGAGUUCACUCACUGGGUCGAGGUCCAACUCGGGCGUGGAUUAUUCCAUAAUACAACGUGGUAAUAGUAAUAAUGAUAGUAAUAAUCAUUAUUUUAAUUCUGUAAUUAUGAAGCAAAUAUGUUCAUGUGAAGUAGAUUCUUCUAUGUAUAGAGUUUGUUAGAGAAAAAAAAAUGAAAAUAGCACAAGAGAAAGAGAAUAUUUUUGUUUUAUUUUGAGAAAAACACAAACGAUGUGGAUUAUAAGGUAAUAGUUUAAAAAUCAAAUUCAUGUUUCAUG